AUGGACGUUGCUACGUUUGGUAGCACCUGCUCACCUGCCUCAGCGCAGUUUGUCAAAAACAGAAAUGCGGAAAUACAUGCUCAGUUAUACCCAGAAGCGGCUCAAGCGAUUAUUCGUGACCAUUACGUAGACGAUUAUUUGGCCAGUUUUGAAUCGGAAGAGGAGGCAUUGCGAGUUGCGCGAGAUGUCCGAACAGUUCAUUGUAAUGGAGGUUUCAAGUUACACAACUGGCGAUCGAAUGGAGUGGCAGUGUUACGUGGCUUAGGAGAAGAGGAGACGGAAGCAGGGCAAACGGAGCGAGUACUUGGCAUGUUGUGGAAUCCUUCGGAUGACUUGCUGUGUUUUUCGACUCAAAUGAGCGACGAGAUGCAGGAACUAAUCAUUACGGCUACACGACCAACAAAAAGACAAGUUCUCCGUUGUGUAAUGACUUUAUUUGAUCCCAUGGGUUUAUUGUCCCCAUUCAUUAUCCACGGAAAAGUACUCAUACAAGAAUUAUGGCGAGAAGGUACAGGUUGGGACGAGCAAAUAGGCGAAGACGUUCAUAAAAGAUGGCAAAGGUGGAUCAAGAUGUUGGAGUUUAUAUCAAAGAUUAGGAAUCCCCGAUGCUAUUUUCACCUGGCGUCACGAGAGACCUAUACAAACACGCAGAUGCACGUAUUCGUUGACGCUAGUGAAAUAGCCUAUUCAUGUGCGGUAUAUUUGAGUACAAAAGGCGAAGAAGGACCUUCAAAAUGUUGCCUUGUUGCGGCGAAAUCAAAGGUGGCUCCAUUGAAACCCUGGUCUAUUCCUAGACUGGAACUGCAAGGAUGCGUUUUGGGAGUUCGUUGGGCGAAAUUUGUACGAGAAAAUCACGACGUUCCAAUUGUGAAGACGGUUUUUUGGACAGAUUCCAGAACAGCGCUGGCUUGGAUCAAGGCAGAUCCCCGAAACUACCGACAGUUUGUUGCAUUUAGAGUGAGUGAGAUCCUAGAACAUACUACGGCCAGCGACUGGCGCUGGGUCCCAUCAAAAUCCAAUCCAGCAGACGAAGCUACGAAAUGGGGAAGUGGCCCAUACUUCAAUCCAGAGAGCAUAUGGUUUAACGGCCCAGAAUUCCUUUUGUAUCCUGAAUCACAAUGGCCGCAACCGACCGAAUCCGUCACUUCUACGUCAGAAGAAAUCCGAAAUUCCAGUCUUCACCACCGUGUUGUAGAACCCGUUUUAGACUUCAACCGCUUCGCUUCAUGGGGUCGCCUAAAUAGGGUAAUUGCAUAUGUACGGAGAUACCUGCAAAACUUUUUCAAAGGAUCGAACCUCACUGGACCGUUACAACAACAAGAACUACAACUGGCUGCAGAAGCUAUUUUUAAACUUGUUCAAAAGGAUUCGUUCCCGGACGAAAUAAUCGCGCUUGAAAAUAAGGAAAACAACAAACAUGGUCAAAGAGCUAUUGAGAAACGCAGUUCCAUUUACAAAUUGAUGCCAUUCCUAGAUGAAAGAGGAUUGUUAAGAGAACGAGGUCGCAUCGACGCAGUUAGAAAUGUUCCGUACGACACCCGACACCCAAUUAUCCUUCCAAAAAACCACCCUGUUACUGAUUUGAUAAUUCUAGACUGUCAUAAACUUUAUAGACACAGAAACAAUGAAACUGUAGUUAACGAAUUACGCCAACUUUACAGUAUUCCAACACUACGUGCCUUGGUAAAGAAGGCCGCUAGAAACUGCCAGACUUGUAGAAUCCGCUUGGCGCGUCCGAGGAUCCCAGUGAUGGCACCGUUACCCCCAGCACGUCUUGCACACCACGAGCGAGCUUUCACAUACACGGGGUUAGACUAUUUUGGACCGCUUUUGGUGAAACUCGGAAGAGCCAGAGUCAAAAGGUGGAUUGCUUUAUUUACGUGCUUGACCGUUCGCGCAGUUCACCUCGAAGUCGCCUACACACUAUCUACAGAAUCCUGCAUCUCAUGCGUUCGACGCUUCGUGGGUCGACGUGAAUCUCCGGUGGAAUUCUUUACCGAUAAUGGAACUAAUUUCCAAGGAGCUGAUCGUGUUUUACGAGGGCAAAUAAGCCAGGGACUGUCAGCUACAUUCACCAAUGCGAACACAAAAUGGAACUUUAAUCCACCAGGAGCACCGCAUAUGGGUGGCGCCUGGGAGCGCUUGGUACAAUCCGUAAAAGCUGCUAUGGCAGAUGCUUAUGUCGAGGGGAAACUUGAUGACGAGGGGUUACAGACGUUGGUCGUGGAAACAGAAAGUAUGAUAAACAAAAGGCCUCUGACCUAUUUACCUUGUUACCAUUCGAGUCAGUUACCCUAUGCCACUCACGAAGAGUACUCAUUUUCCUAUUUAAACGCCUGA